AAGAUAAAAAAAAGUAACGAUGGGCGAUUUGAGCACGCUGUGCCCAAUUUCGUGGUUGGCCUUCCGGACGAAGUACCAACUAACUGGCAUAUAGAACAGCAAGUGCAAAUUCUCUCUGGUAAUUUGAUCUGAAGACAAGCAACAGUUCCGAUGGCGGACUCAUCAGGGACGACUCUCAUGGAUCUAAUCACGUCGGACCCAACAACGGCAUCGUCCACGGCUUCAACUUCGGCGACAGCGGCUCCGGCAGCUCAGCCAACCGCGCUGGGCAAGCCGGCCGGGGAAAAGAAGUCCAAGAGAACCACGUUUAUGCAGAUCCAGACCGACACCCUAACCGUUGCCAAAGCUGCUUUAGCCCCAGUUAGGACUAAUAUAAUGCCGCAAAAGCAAAGGAAAAAGCCAGUUUCAUAUUCCCAGCUCGCCAGAAGUAUUCAUGAACUAGCUGCCACAUCUGAUCAAAAAAAUUCUCAGCGGCAACUAGUGCGUCAUGUAUUUCCAAAACUUGCUGUGUAUAACUCAGUGGACCCUUCAUUAGCACCUUCACUUCUCAUGCUUAAUCAGCAAUGUGAAGAUAGAAGCGUGCUACGGUAUGUCUAUUACUAUCUGGCCAGAAUUUUGUCUGACACUGGUUCCCAAGGUGUGGGUACAGGGGGUGGGAUACCCACUCCAAACUGGGAUGCCUUGGCUGACAUUGAUGCUGUUGGAGGUGUUACUCGAGCUGAUGUUGUUCCACGGAUAGUAGAACAGCUUACUGCAGAAGCCAAAAAUGCUGAUGUUGAAUUUCAUGCACGAAGAUUGCAAGCUUUGAAGGCUCUUACGUCUGCUUCUUCAAAUAAUUCUGAAAUUUUGUCCAGAUUGUAUGAAAUUGUAUUUGGCAUACUGGAGAAGGUGGGUGAUGCACCACAAAAGCGGAAAAAAGGCAUGCUAGGUGCUAAAGGUGGCGACAAAGAGUCUAUCAUCCGAACCAAUUUACAAUAUUCUGCGCUGAGUGCUUUGAGAAGACUUCCUUUGGAUCCUGGAAAUCCAGCAUUUUUGCAUCGUGCUGUACAAGGGAUUUCAUUUGCUGAUCCUAUUUCUGUGAGGCAUUCAUUGGAAAUUGUUUCUGAGCUAGCUGCAAUGGACCCUUAUGCUGUCGCAAUGGCCUUAGGGAAUCAUGUGCAGCCUGGAGGUGCUUUACAAGAUGUUCUCCAUUUGCAUGAUGUUCUUGCAAGAGUUUCUCUAGCCAGGUUGUGCUACACUAUAUCUAGAGCUCGAGCAUUAGAUGAGAGGCCGGAUAUCAGAUCUCAGUUCAAUUCAGUGCUCUAUCAACUUCUUUUGGAUCCCAGUGAAAGAGUCUGUUUUGAAGCAAUUUUAUGUGUACUGGGAAAAUAUGAUAAUGCUGAGAGGACUGAAGAGCGAGCUGCUGGGUGGUAUCGUUUGACCAGGGAGAUUCUCAAGUUACCAGAAGCAUCAUCAAAGGAAGGUUCAAAAGAUAAAGCUCAAAAGACUAAACGCCCACAACCCCUUAUAAAACUUGUAAUGAGAAGGCUGGAGAGUUCUUUCCGUAGCUUUUCUAGACCUGUGCUUCAUACAGCAGCUAGAGUAGUUCAAGAGAUGGGUAAAAGUCGGGCUGCUGCAUUUGCUUUGGGCUUACAGGAUAUUGACGAAGGAGCUCAUGUUAAUACAUAUGCAGAGGCUACAGAUCUUCAUGAUUCAGAUGAAACUGCACAUCCUGAAAGCAUCAGAAGAACUUCAUCUAUAUCAAAUGGGACUGGUGGCAGGGAUACCAUUGGAGGUUUAUUGGAUUCACUUAUGGAAGUUGUACGGACAACAGUUGCCUGCGAAUGUGUUUAUGUACGGGGCAUGGUAAUCAAGGCUUUAAUCUGGAUGCAAAGCCCAUAUGACUCAUUUGAUGAGUUAGAAUCUAUUAUUGCAUCUGAACUCUCAGAUCCAGCUUGGCCAGCAGCGUUGUUAAAUGAUAUAUUGCUCACUCUACAUGCCCGUUUUAAGGCUUCUCCAGAUAUGGCUGUUACUCUUCUUGAAAUUGCAAGAAUAUUUGCUACGAAGGUACCGGGAAAGGUCGAUGCUGAUGUGCUACAACUAUUGUGGAAAACUUGUCUUGUUGGAGCUGGUCCUGAUGGGAAGCAUAAAGCUUUAGAAGCUGUUACUAUUGUUCUUGAUCUGCCACCCCCACAACCAGGAACUAUGCUUGGUCUUACUUCGGUGGACAGGGUUUCUGCAUCUGACCCAAAAUCUGCUCUUGCAUUGCAAAGACUUGUCCAAGCUGCAGUAUGGUUUCUGGGAGAAAAUGCAAAUUAUGCUGCAUCUGAAUAUGCAUGGGAAUCUGCAACUCCUCCUGGUACUGCAUUAAUGAUGUUAGAUGCUGAUAAAAUGGUGGCUGCUGCUAGUUCUCGUAAUCCUACUCUAGCUGGUGCCCUGACUCGGCUCCAGAGGUGUGCUUUCAGCGGUAGCUGGGAGAUUCGCAUUAUUGCAGCUCAGGCACUUACAACGAUGGCAGUCAGAUCUGGUGAGCCUUUCAGGCUUCAGAUUUAUGAGUUUCUGCAUACUUUAGCACAGGGUGGAUUGCAGUCACAGUUUUCAGAUAUGCAUCUUAGUAAUGGAGAGGAUCAAGGGGCUAGUGGCACUGGCCUUGGAGCUUUAUUAAGUCCUAUGAUAAAGGUUCUGGAUGAAAUGUAUAGAGGACAAGAUGAUUUGAUCAAGGAGAUACGCAAUCAUGACAAUGCUAAGAAAGAAUGGACUGAUGAUGAACUGAAGAAACUAUAUGAAACCCAUGAAAGGUUAUUGGACCUCGUUUCAUUGUUUUGUUAUGUUCCUAGGGCAAAGUAUCUGCCUUUGGGCCCAAUAAGUGCAAAACUCAUUGAAAUAUAUCGCACACGCCAUAAUAUUAGUGCAUCAACUGGGUUGAAUGACCCAGCUGUUGCUACCGGUAUAUCUGAUCUCAUCUAUGAGUCCAAACCAGCACCUAGAGAGCCAGUAGAUUCACUUGAUGAUGACCUAGUAAAUGCUUGGGCGGCAAACCUUGGUGAUGAUGGCUUGUGGGGAAACAAUGCCCCAGCAAUGAAUAGGGUUAAUGAAUUUUUGGCUGGUGCUGGAACCGAUGCGCCUGAAGUUGAUGAGGAGAAUAUUAUCUCUAGGCCCUCAGUUAGCUAUGAUGACCUGUGGGCAAAAACACUUCUAGAAUCUGAAGUAGAGGAAGAUGAUGCAAAAUCAUUGGGAUCAUCUUCUCCAGAUUCAACAGGAUCAGUUGAAACUUCGAUAUCAUCGCACUUUGGUGGAAUGAACUACCCUUCGCUUUUCAGUUCUAAACCUUCCACUUAUGGAUCAUCACAAACUAGGGAGAAGGCACAAACCAAUUGGGGUGGUUCCUUCAGUGAGGAUCGUGGUUCUCCAAUAAGAGAGGAGCCUCCUUCAUACUCAUCUCCUAUCAUGAAAAGAUAUGAAUCAUUUGAAAACCCCUUAGCAAGCCAAAGUUUUGAGUCUCGAGAUGACGAUCAAGUUUCAUCUGGAAAUGUGCGAUAUGGAUCAGCACUUUAUGACUUCACGGCAGGAGGUGAUGAUGAGUUGAGUUUAACUGCUGGAGAAGAAGUUGAGAUUGAAGACGAAGUAGAUGGGUGGUUUUAUGUUAAGAAGAAACGCCCUGGCAGGGACGGCAAGAUGGCUGGACUGGUCCCUGUUCUGUAUGUUAGCCAAUCAUGAACUUGAAUGUAUGUAAAAAGAAACUUUUGGUUUAUAAUUUCUUAGCCGUCGCUAUUUGGUGAGUUUGAGUAGUAGCGUUUGUGAGCAUCGUUCCAGCGGCACAACCAUCAUGACGCUCGUUUCAUAUGGCGUUCUUGGUGUUCUAGCGCAUUCUUAUCAAACAUCUUGUACCAUUUUGUAAUUUUCAUAUUUCAUGCUAAUUAUUUGGAGGGGUCGAGUUUCUCAUUUACCCUAGGGAGCGCAAUUUUUUUGAUGGCUGUACCAAUUAUCAUUUAAUUUUGAUUUUUUGAAUGAGUAUAUAUUUCUUCGAUCUUUUUAGAGAAUUAUUUAUAUCAAGGGAGUGUUCAUUUUUCUGUG